AUGUCAUUGAAAGUUCUUGAUGAUAAUGACAAUAAACCUGUGUUCUUAAAUGCAACAUUUCAUUUUUAUGUACGAGAAAAUAUCAUUGUGGAUUCAAUUGUUGGUAAUUUAUCAGCUUCUGAUGCGGACACUGAAAACAAUUCGAAAUUCACAUUUUCAAUGAUUUAUCCUAUUCCAUCAGUACAAGAGACUUUUCAUUUAGAUGCAAAAACUGGUUCCAUACGUAUUCUUUCUUCAUUGGAUAGAGAAUGCUGUGAUUACUAUAAGUUUGCUGUUUUAGUACAAGAUGAUGGUAAACAACUUUUCUAUUCAUCAGCCAUGGUUGAAAUCUCAAUUUUAGAUGUAAAUGAUAACCCUCCUGUUUUUUAUCCAAAAGAUUAUUAUGUCAAUGUACUUCAUGGUCAGUUAGACAUAUUUUCUCUUAAUGUGACAGCUACAGAUAUUGAUGAUAAUGACGUUGUUUCCUACAUGAUAAAUGGCACAGCUCAUGAUGUUCUACAAAUAAAUGAAACUACUGGUUUUAUAACUUUUAAAGAAACAAAAAAAUUGAAGAAUGUUGAUAUGUUUAAGCUACGUGUUGUUGCUAAAGAUAAAACUAAUCACGUGACUGCUCCAUCUCUGGUAUAUAUCACUAUUAUACUGUCUGAUGAUGAUCUACCUGUCUUUGAAAGGGAUUUGUAUUACUUUACAGUCGAGGAAAAUGUUCAACAUGAAACUUACAUUGGGAGCAUCAAUGCAGCAACUAAAUCAACUACACAGAUUUUUUAUACUGUGUAUAAAGGCGACCCAAAUGGUGUGUUCUCUAUUGAUAAUAAUGGUGUAUUAACAACAUCCAAUAAUCUGGAUUUUGAGAAACAAAAGAUCUACACUUUACAUGUUAUGGCUAAAACAACAGGUCGCCGAAUCUUACUUGGUUGGACGUCUGUGAUUAUUUCAAUAGAUGACAUUAAUGAUAAUUCACCUGUGUUUGAUCAUCCUGAAGAUAUAAUUGUUGUUAAAAGAAAUUCACCCAUUGGUUCGAUUGUUGUAAAUAUACGUGCAACUGAUCAAGAUUCUUUUAGUGGAGGUCUUGUCAGGUAUAAAACAAAACCAUCGUUUGGUCAAAGAUAUUUCAGUAUAAAUGACAAUGGAGAUGUUAAGGUGAUUAGAAAUCUAUCAUCGAUAUCGUAUAACGCUGUCAAUUUAUACAUUGUUGCGUCUGAUCUUGGACAUCCACAACUUUCUUCUUUAUUUAAUUUAACUUUGUACAUUUCAAAGCACAAUAACCAGUCACCAUUUAUUCAUAAAAACUUUGAUGCAAUUCCUGUUUUGAAAAAUACACCUGUCAAUAAAGUAUUUUUCAAUUUUACUUCAUCUCAUCAAAACAAGGAAUAUUUUUACAUACUUGACGCCAAUAUCGGAACAGAUUACUUUGGUAUAUUCCCAGAAGGAGGUCUAUACUUAUGGCAGUCAUUAAUAAACUCAAACCGAUCAAAAUUUUCAUUGACAAUUGGUGCAGCUGACUUACAGAAAUCUGAUCUUAACACGACAUCCGUUGUUGAUAUAGUAAUUGUCAAUUUACAAAAUGAGCUUGGUGUUUUUCCAAAACCCAUCUAUCACUUUUACGUCGAUGAAAAUAAGCCAAUUGGAACAGAAGUUGGAAAGUUGAACUUUGCUAACAUGUUGACUAAUAUGAAAAUAAGCUUGCUAAAAAAUUCUGCUUAUUUUGCAUUGGACGAAGCGAACAAUGAUAUAUUAAUAACAAAGAAGAUCUUUGAUCUUGAAGAUGUAAAGUUGACAACUGGUACUUCCAGCUACAUACUUUAUGUCCAAGUCUCGUACAAGAACGGUUUUGAAAUCAACAUUAUGGAUCUGGCGAAAAUUGAAGUAGAAAUAGGUGAUGAAAAUGAUAAUGUGCCGGAAUUUAGUGAAAGGAAUUAUAUCGUAAGUAUUGAAGAAAAUUUUACAGUUGGUAAAACCAUAUUGCAUUUGAGUGCUUAUGACGCGGAUUUAAACGAAAAUGCGCUCUCUAAUUUCACCAUAGUUAAGUCAUCUAAUAUAGGUGUUAUAGUUUUAAAGAAUCAUGGCAAGUUGGUUCUUAAUUCAUCGUUGGAGGAUAGAAAUAUUUUUUCUAUUAACAUGCUGGUUGAAGUUACAAAUAUUGCAAAACCUUAUUACAACUCCACUUGUUUUGUGCACGUGAUUGUACUUGAUGCCAAUAACAACAAACCAAAAUUUGAAAAGUCGAUCAUUGGGAGAAGUUUGGCCGAAAGCGUUCUCGUUGGUGAAGUGGUUUACAAAGCAAAUGCCAGUGAUAACGAUAAAGGAAGAAAUAGACAGUUGGCGUAUUCAAUCACUGCUGGAAAUAGGAACCGAUUCUUCAAAAUGAAUCAUAUCUCGGGAGAAGUAUUUCUAGUUAGAGAACUCGAUUUCGAGACCAUUACAAGUUACGUUUUGAAUAUUUCUGUCAGAGAUAGCGGAAUUGUACCUUUAUACGCCAUUCAAACUCUUAUAAUUAAUGUCACGGAUGUAAACGACAACGCUCCACGAUUUACGUCUUGUUCUUCUACUGUAGAAGUUAAAGAAGAUCGUUCCGUUGGUUCUCAAAUUAUGGAGUGCCUUGCUACUGACGACGAUUCUAAAGAAAACGGUGACGUACAUUACUCCAUUGCAAGAGCAAAACCCAAUGGAAAUUAUUUCCACAUAAAUGAAAAUGGAAUCGUUUACCUUGAUAAACCUUUGAAUAGAGAAGAAGAUUCUGUUCAUUUUAUUGAGAUUAAAAUCGAAGAUGUUGCUCUAUCAAAAAAGUCCCGACUGUUCAAUGCAAAGACAAUAACAGUAAAAGUAAAAGAUGUCGAUGAUAACUCUCCAAGAUUAACAUCUUCACCUUCAAUGUAUUUCCUUAAAUCAGCUACAAAAGAUAGUUAUAUUACGUCAUUAACUGCUUGGGAUCCUGACUUGCCAUUAAACAAAACAUUCUCAUUUAGUCAACGAUCUGGAAAAGAUUCUAAGUACUUCAAUAUCAGCGAGAAUGGACACGUUUCUUUUGCUAAAUCACCAUCACAAAAAGUUUUAUAUACGACAACAUUAGCUGUGUCAGAUUCUGGACGCGGGAAACGAAAAACAGAGGAAGAAUUUUCAGCAUUUUUAUACAAAGAAGGUGGUUUGGCUUUCUCGAAGAAACAGUACGAGGGUUAUGUUUUUGAAAAUGAAAAACCUGGUGCUUAUAUCUUAAACAUUCGUGCAGACACAUUAGACAAAUCAGAUGGUGAUAUACGAUAUUUCCUAACUAAUGACUCUAGUCUUGGAUCGUUUUCAUUGAAUUAUACAACUGGCGCGAUUUCGGUCAAAUACGACUUAGACAGAGAGGGUAAAUAUGGCGAGCACGUGAAGCUCGUAGUGUUUGCUGUUGAUCUAAAGAGCAACACUCCCAAAUCAACAUCGAGCAUGGUUGAAAUUACAAUACUUGAUAUUAAUGAUAAUAUUCCAACGUUUGCUGAGUUUUGUUAUUCAUUGCAUAUUUUUGAAAAUACGACUGUUGGUAGUAAGAUCUUAACAAUGAAAGCUGAAGACGCAGAUAAAGGUGAAAACGGUACUGUUGUUUACAGUAUUGCAAAGGAUGAGAAUCGUGUUUUCGAUAUCAUUGAAAGUAGUGGUGAAAUAUUUGUUCGUGCUAUCGUUGAUCGUGAAGUGCAAGCAGUUUAUACUUUAAAUGUAACUGCCUCUGAUAAAGGAAAUAGUUUGAGCUCAUCAACGACUCUCAAGAUCAUCAUAAAAGAUAUAAACGAUAACGCACCGAAAUUUGAUAGAAAAAACUAUUCAUUUACCAUUGAAGAAAACUCUUUUGUUGGUCUUAAAAUUGGUAAAAUUCACGCUAUCGACCCAGAUUCUGGAAAAAAUGGUCAAGUAACAUACAGUUUAACAGGGGAUGAUGCACGCUUUUUUAUGAUAAAUUCUGAAACUGGAACGCUACGUGCUAAUUAUUUGUUUGAUCGUGAAAAGAAUGAUUUUUAUUUAUUUGAAGCUAAAGCAAGUGAUUAUGGUAGCCCAUCAUCGUUGUCUUCAUCGGUAUUUGUUUAUGUCAGUGUACUGGAUGUGAAUGAUAACAAUCCGAUAAUUGGUCUUCAUCCACCAUUUUUCGUUUCAGUUCCAGAGAAUUCUCAUGGAGAUAUUUCCUUGUUGACUUUAUCAGCAAAAGAUAAUGACGUUGGUGUUAAUGCAACUCUUUCAUUUUCCAUAACUUCUGGCAAUAUAAAUGAUGUAUUUCGUAUUUCAAAUUCUGGAACGUUGUUCACAGUAAAUAGUUUGGAUCGAGAAAGCAUUUCUCAUUAUAAACUUGAAGUCACUGUGUCUGAUUCCUGUAGAUGCUCUUUACGGCGUUCAACGACUGCUCUUAUUUUUGUGAAUGUUACAGACGUGAACGACCAUAUGCCAAAUUUUAUUUCUGAAAAUGUGAUCCAUGUCAAAGAAGAUCAAGAUGUUGGAAAACCAUUUGGAUUUGUUGUAGCUGUAGAUAAAGACAUUGGUCAAAAUGGUAAAAUAUCAUACAAGUUGCAGGGACAUCACGCUAUAAAUUUCUUUCUCGUUGAUCCAAAUUCUGGUGCACUGAUGUUGAAAACUAGAGUUGAUCGAGAAAACUUGAUUUCAGAAAUUAUUAAUGUGACAGUUGAAGCUAAGGAUCAUGGCAAUCCCAGUAAACACAAUCAUCAGUACAUAACAGUCAUCGUGGAUGAUGUCAACGAUAAUUCACCAAUGUUUAUGCCUCAUUUAAAUCAUCUAAAUCUUUAUGAAAAUUUAUCUAUUGGUUCCGAGCUUUUACGUUUUUCUGCAAUUGACAUCGACCAAAGUCUUAACGGGAAAAUAAAUUUUGCAAUAACCACGGGAAAUGUCAAUAAUACGUUCUCGAUUCAUCCUGUUGAUGGUUUGAUAAUCUUGACAAAGCCACUUGAUCAUGAAAAUUUGCGGUCGUAUAACCUUUUUGUAACAGCGUAUGAUUUAGGUUCACCUCGCAGGGAAAAUGUAACAACUGUUCGUAUUUCAGUUUUGGAUGUUAAUGACAAUGCUCCUCAAUUCAAAGUUUCUCACUCACAAAUAUAUGUAAAAGAAAACAUAAACUAUGCAAAGAAUAUUGCUAAAUUCUUUGCUUUUGACCUGGAUGCUGGCCAAAAUGGUGCUGUUGUUUACAGUAUUCUUCAUUCACAUAGAACUCGGUUUCUUCAAAUAAAUGUUUUGACAGGAUAUUUAUCGUCCAUUGCUCCUCUCGACAGAGAAUCUUGUUCAAGUUAUUCUGUUGUAAUUGAGGCAAGAGAUAAAGGUUCACCAUCUUUAUACACCGUGUUAAAGGUUACUAUUGUUGUCGUUGAUGAAAACGAUAAUAGUCCUGUAUUUGUUAACCCAUUUCUUCAACCUAGCAUCGUUGAAGGCUCUAUUUUAGGUACGCAGCUUUGUGUGAUGAAUGCUACUGAUUCUGACGCAGGAAUUAAUGCAAAAAUUCAAUAUGAAUUGGUGAAUGACUUGGGUUGGUUCAAAAUCGACUCAGACUCAGGGAAGAUUUUUAGCAUUGCCAAUUUAGAUCGUGAAAUUCAUGGGGAUAGCUUCAAGUUAACCGUAAAAGCUUUCGAUCAAGGAAAUCCAUCUCGGAUAACAACAGUCAAAAUUACUGGUCUUAUUGAGGAUAUUGAUGAUAAUAAAGCUGUUUUCCGUCCUAAAUUAUAUUCUGCUCACAUUCCUCUUGGUGCAAAACGUGGAAGAUUGAUAGAAGUUGUAUCAGCAUUUGAUGAAGAUGAAGGUGUCAACGGAAAAGUGACUUACCAUCUAAAAAAUGAUUUGAAUGACUUUCAUAUCGGAACAUAUACUGGCUAUCUUUUUACAAAGACCAAAAUAACCUCGAUUCGUAAUUAUAUUUUAAAUAUUGAAGCUCGAAAUUUCAAAUCGAACGCACUCCAAGACAUGACUACUGUGUUCAUAACUGUUACCAAAGAAGAUUUUCCUAUAUUUUACAUGACCUCUACUUCAUAUAAUAUUUCUGAAACGGCUCAGGUUGGUGAUUUUAUCGUCAAUGUGAAGUCAUCAAAUAACACUUCACUGUGCGUAGCUAGUGGCGACCCUGAACACCAUUUCUCUCUUGGCAUUUUUUCUAAAAACUUGGUACUUCUCAAAAAACUGAAUUAUGAAAGGCAGCACAACUAUAGUCUGUGGAUAAAAGCCAGUCUAAAUACAAUCUACUCAACUUAUAUAAACAUUAACAUAUUUGUUAUCGAUAGUAACGACAAUGCUCCAUUGUUUGAAAAAUCUUACUACCAUAUAUCAAUGGAUGAAACAAAUUCAACCAAUGUCUCAGUUGCAUGCAUUUCUGCUGAAGACGUGGAUUCUGGUUUAUUUGGUUUGAUUAAGUACAAAAUUCAAUCUGAUACAGCAACAAAAUCGUUUCAUAUAAACAAAACAACUGGUUGUAUAUACACCUCUCGUAGCAUUGAUCGAGAAAAAAAUAUUUCCUUUGAGAUUACAGUAGAAGCUGAAGAUCAUGGUUGGCCUGCUAAAAAAAGUACAGUGGUAGUUUAUGUAGAUAUACUUGAUGUCAAUGAUAAUCCACCAAAAUUUGAGAAACUUUUACCUGUUGUGGUUUGUGAAGAUGCGAUACCGUCAUUGUAUAUUACGACAGUUUAUGCUGAUGAUAAAGAUGCAACUUCGAGUCUUUUUUAUUCUUUGGAUUCUUUCACCAAUGCUGGCAAUGCUUUCAGAAUCAAUUCAUUGACUGGUGAUAUAUUUCUCAACAAGAAUCUUGACAGAGAACUGAUUGCAAAGUAUAAACUUAUCAUAUUGGUAAGUGAUGGACAGUUUACAGAUAACACAACAUUGACCGUUAUAGUUUCUGAUGUUGAUGACAAUCCUCCUAACUUUCUUCGCUCAACUUAUUUUGUUGAAUUCUUGGAAUUGCAGCCUUUGGGAAGCGUUGUAAUGAAAUUGAACGUCUCUGAUAAAGAUAUCGGUGAGAACACCGACGUCGUUUAUUGCUUAGAAGACAAUAAGGCUAGCUCUUUGUUUCGUAUAAAUUCACAUGGAAUCAUUACUGUUGCCUCUCAGCUUACAUUUAUCUCGUAUAAAAACGACGUUACAUCUAAUUACUACAAUCUGACUGCACAUGCGCGAAAUCCAAAUCAUCCAUUGAAAAUUGCAACAGCUAACGUAACAAUUAAACUUGUUGAUGUGAAUGAUCAUAGACCAAUAUUCGAGCAUUUUCAAUAUCAUACGUUGGCUGAAACAGUAUCGAGAUAUGGUUAUGUCGUCAUUACAGUUAAAGCAAAUGAUUAUCUUGAUCUCGGCCGUAAUACUGAGAUUUUGUAUGAUGUUGUUGGUGGUAACGGAACGAGUAUGUUUUCUGUUGAAUCUCAUUCAGGAAAAGUAAUAGUGACUGGUGAUUUGCGCGAUAAAAAUGACAUGAUAUAUGUUAUUGAAGUUCAAGCAAAAGAUCGUGGUAUUCCCAUUCAAUAUUCAACAAUAAACGCAACAGUUUUCAUCAUAGUUACCUCACCAAAUCUUCACAGUCCUAAAUUUUCUCAAGAUGAAUACACUGUUACUUUGGCAGAAAAUUAUGUUCGUGGAAAAGAGUUUCUUUAUGUGUCGGCCAUGGAUGAUGAUAGAGGUAGGAAUGGAGUGGUAAAAUACAGAAUACUACCGGGAAUGCAAGCUGAGUAUUUUAUUAUAGACUCAUAUUAUGGCUCCAUUUCUGUUGGGAGUGUUGAACUGGAUUACGAGUUUUUAAAAAUGUAUGUGUUUGACAUUGAAGCCAUUGAUUCAGCCGAGAAACCGUUGAGAGACAGAGCAAUUGUUAAAGUAAAUGUGGUCGAUUUUAACGAUAACGCUCCUCAGUUUGAAAAGUCGUUUUAUGAGGUAGUAAUUGUUGAAAAUAAUCUUCCAAAUUCUGAAAUCACUGUAAUAUCUGCAACUGAUAAAGAUAGCGUCGACAAUAUCAUAACUUACAGCUUACUUGGUGAACAGGGGAACUUUUUCAGCAUUGACCCACGCUCAGGGAAAAUUGUCUCUCGAGUUUCAUUUGAUUACGAAAAACAAACGACAUAUAAUCUAACUGUUCUUGCAAAGGACAGUGGAAAAAUGCAAAAGACGUCUGGUUGUCCACUAUUUGUAAAGAUAAGUGGUGCUAAUGAAUUUGUACCUGAACUUAAAAAGAGAAAUUAUCACUUUUCUGUUUAUGAAAAUGUGUCUGUUGGAAACAUUAUUGGUAAAGUUAGUGCUACAGACCAAGAUAAAGGACAAGAUGGCUUUAUCGAAUAUAGACUCGUUAGUCCAUCAAUUUCUUGUUACAAUAACUUUGCCAUUAAUGCAAAAACUGGGGAGAUUUACUUGUGUGGCAGUCUGAAUUACGAACAAGUUGAUUUUGUCCACCUCAUCGUCCUUGUUUACAAUCCUCUCGAAACAAUACUUACUGCAGACAACACAAAUAAAGCCACCGUAAUCAUUUACGUGAAAGACGACGAUGAUCCUCCAAAAUUUGUAAACGACUUUGCCGUGGUGUCAGUAAAAGAAAAUAUUCCAGUUGGUAGCAUUCUUGCCAACUUUACUGCCACAGAUUACGAUAGAAACCCUACAUUCCAUUUUCCUAUUGAAUAUAGCAUCACUAAUGGUAACACGAACAAAUCCUUUGUAUUCGAUACGUUAGGAGAAACGAUCUUCAUAAAAACAGCCAAGACACUCGAUCGUGAAGUGAUCGACUUAUAUAAUCUCACAAUAAUGGCUGUCUCUACCGGCAAUCCAAGUUUGCAAGACUACGCCUACCUUGUGAUCUAUGUAACAGAUAUCAAUGAUAAUUCUCCAUAUCUUCUUCCAAAUAUCUGUCCCGGACAUAUUAAGGAAAACCUUUCUCCAGGGUCCUUAGUCUUACGUUUCGAAGCUGCUGAUGAAGAUAUUGAUCCAAACAAAAAUCCCUAUACGUUUAAUAUCAUCAAUUUAAAGGAUGUGCCAUUUACAGUCGAUAAAUAUUCUUCAACACUUCUUACGACUAGAAAAUUGGACAGAGAGAUUGUCUCUGUUUAUACAUUACAAAUUGAAAUUACAGAUAGUGGUUUUCCCAAACGGUCUUCUGUUGUUUCAUGUAAAGUCAUUGUUGACGAUGUAAACGAUAAUAUGCCCCUUGCUGAUACUCUAAAUAUGAAAGUGAAUGUUCCAGCAAAUGGAUUUAUUGAUGGAGUCCUUGGAGAUGUGAGUCCACUGGACAUGGACGAGAUUAAAGUUUAUACAUGUACAAUUCAAGGUCAAUAUAAGGAUAUCUUUGACUUCCAACCCAACUCCUGUAUACUUAAGAUGAAACAAAGCACGACAAACCCUUAUGUUAUCGAUGUUUACGCAAGAGAUGAUCUAUACCAAGUCUCUUACUCUAUUAAUAUCUCAUUCAACGUUGUCUCAAACACAACCGUAAGAAAUAGUGUUCUUUUACGCCUUUCUGGACUCUCACCUCUUGAGCAUAUUGUUCAUUUGAUGAGUCGCUUACCCUGCGCUGUUGGUUAUAAAAAAGAGAUUUACAGCAUACAGAUGUCAAAUUCAACUACGACAGAUGUUCUUAUAGCUGCUUUAUCUGAAAAUGAUGUUUACAUAUGUCCUCAAAACCUUUCUACCCUUUUAAAAAGCUGCAAGAUGUUUUUGCUACAUGAUCUUGGUGUAACCGUCAUAGAUACAGAUUAUAAUUUGUGUAUUUUGUCCAGUCCUUGCGCUCGCGGGGAAUGUAAACGAAAAAUAACAAUAUCACAUAAAAAUCGUACUCAUUUAUAUUCUGGUUCCGAAAUAUUCCUAUCUAUUCCUCAUAAAGUUACAUACAGUUGUAUUUGCCAGCCUGGCUUCUUUGGUGAAUUUUGUCAAUACUCGAAUAAAAUAUGUGAAGGAAUUUACUGUAACGCUGGUCGCUGUGUUCCAACCGAAAAUAGUUACAGAUGCCAAUGUCCUCUCAAUCAUACAGGGAUCUAUUGUGAAACACCUGUAGAUCUGUGUGAUCCUAAUCCAUGCAGUGAUUUCUCGCAAUGCUUUAGAACAUCGAAGGGAGCAACAUGUCAGUGUGAUUUUGGAGCCACGGGAGAAAGAUGUGAAGUUUCAAGCAUUGGUUUUCCCGAUUUGUCGUACAUAAUUUUAAAUAGCCUGUUAUUCGAUAACGAUGGAAGAAGCACAAACAUCUCACUUCAAUUUGCCACCAUGGAGAAAAAUGCAUUGAUCGCUUACAAUAAUGAUGGUGAUCGUUUUAUCUCACUAGAAAUAGCCAAUGGCUUUCUUCGAUAUUCAUUCAAUCUUGGAGAAGGUACUUUAAGCAUUUCUUCAAAUCACGAUGUUUCUGAUGGUUUCUGGCAUACUCUUACAGCGACUAGGCAUAACAAUAUUGGACACUUGCAACUUGAUGAUAAUGUAUAUUCUUCUCGUGGUAACUAUGGCAACAGUAACCUGACUUUUGGCAAUGGAUCUUUUUAUAUUGGUGGAGUUCCUUCAUUGGAUGUCAUAUCCACCAAUCACGUAUCUUCGUUUGAUUUUCUCGGUUGCAUGCGUGGUAUUUUUAUAAAUGGCGUCAUGGUUGAUGCUAAUAUCGUGGCAUCAAAAUAUCGUGUGAUGAACCGCUGUCCUAGAGUAUCGUCUGGUUGUAUGAAAGGUUUCUGUCACCAUGAAAGCACCUGUAUUGAUAAAUGGUUUGAUACUCUUUGUCGUUGUACCAAUGUCAAUUAUUAUGGUGUUAAAUGUGACCAAGAAACGAAACCCUAUUCGUUAUCAAGCGGGGCUUUACUACGUUUUAAGUUUGAUGAAAGCUAUCUUCGUAAGCGUAAAUUUACGGAAAUGAUGGUAAAAAAUCGCAGACGAAGAAAUGUUGGUGACUGUGAUGUGUUAUCGAUGAGUCUAAGUAAAGGCGAUGGUUUGUUUUGGCAAGCUGAAGAUGAAUAUGGAAAUUUCACCCAAUUACAGAUCAAUGAUGGGAUCGUUUCUUUAUCAACUGGGAACGUUUUUGGAAAAGAAGAUCGCUUAGUUUUAUCCAAGAAAUAUGUAAAUAACGGUCAUUGGUUCGAUGUGUCUUUAACUCAAGAUCUUUCUGCAAGCACUCUUAAGUUACGAGUUAACGAUACUGAGACUGCUACAAAGAUUACCUCGCCUUUAGUAUUUUUUAACGGAGUAUGGUUAUUUGGAACCCUAGUGAAUUCUGAUUUUCCCAAGAAAAAGUUUAAGGGAUGUCUUUCAAAGAUCAAAAUUAAUGGAGAAGUCAUAUCUUUAAAUGUCACCAAUCAAUACGGUUUACUAACGGUUGAACGAGGCUCUUUGACCAGCGGCUGUCUUCCUCCAAAUCCUUGCGCUUCCAAUCCAUGCCCUGGAAAGGUUUGCGUUGCAAUGUGGCAGGCGUAUGAAUGCAUAGCUCCUGGCAAAAGAAGUGAUGAUUUAGGUAUUGGAGCGAUUGCAGGAAUUGUUUUUGCGUUUGUAUUAAUGUUUGUAAUCAUUGUGGUCGUCGUUGCUGUGAAGAAAAAGAAGAGUACGAAUGAAUUUGCCGAUAAGAUAUCUAAUAAAACAAAAUCUGGCAUAGAGAAGAAAGGUUCACUUAGCUCAAGAAGCUCAGAAUCCAUGAAUUCUCGUCAAUUUUCUCCAUCUCGACAUAGUUUGAGUGAUAGUGGUGUUGAUGUACGAAACCAAAAUAAACCUUCACCACAUGUAGUCUUUGACAAAAAUAAUCCAUUGAUUAAAAAUCCUGUCAUUGCUCUUGGUCUCCUGACGAAUAUAUGAUAGUUGCAUCACAACACGAUAGCGUUUCUGAUGACAGAGAGAAUAGAUUCACAGACUCCGAAAGUGAGACGAUGACUGCCGUAAAACUAACAUCAAAUCUUACUAUCUCGUCCUUACCAGUUCACGUAAAGCAAGAAGAGAGAACUGCACAAUCUAAUCCUACUCACAAAUCGCCAUUGAAUUUCAAGAAAAAAGUACCAUUUUUAAUAAAUCGUGGAUUUUUGAAAGACCCAUAUGUAACUUCGCUUUCAACGUCUAUUUCUGAUGAACCAGAAAGCAUAGAAAUGCAAAAAAUUGCGAAUAUUGAAAAUGCUGAACAGUAUAGUAUUGGAAACGCGAGUUUUACGACUUAUAGUGAUCUCAAUGAUUCUUGUUAUAAUGUAUCGAGAUUUUCAGAUGACCGUUUUCGUUACAAACCAUCUUUACAAAGAUUUUCCGAAUCAGAUGAUUCAAUGGAUGAUAGAGAGAUGAAAGAGACGUUUGAAGUUCUCGAUUCCCAAUGCCGCAGUGACAGUUCUGAUGGUGAAUUUACUGCCAGUGAAUGUGAAUAUGGAGCAAAACAAUCAGAUGAACUUUCUUGUACUUUAACUCCACUUUCAAUGAGACGUUAUGAAGAAGUUUCAUGUGAAAAAGCACUAAGAGAAUAUCAAGCAGAUUAUUGUGAUUCUUUCCCUGAUUAUGACAAUGAAAUAGAUUUGGAUGAAGAAUCAUUGACUUCAAUGAUUUGUUAGUUGAAAGACCUGACACGAAAAGAGAAAAUUAUCACGUUUUUGCCAGAUUAGUCGGUGAUAUUGACGUAGAUGACGAUGUUGAAAUUGUGUAGACUUAACAUAAGAUUACAUUUUUAGAUAUUUAUGUAUAUUUUAACUUGUCUUUCGUGACUUAAAUUCACGAAUUUAAUUAGUAAUAUGAGUUAGUGAUAACUAUAAAGUUAGAGAUUAGUUUCAAAAAUAUAGAGUCUCUAGAACUAUA